AUGUCCCAGGUCGCUUCUCAGAACCGUUUCGCCUUCCUUGGCAACGACGACUCUGGCGAGCACAAGCCCAUUGUCCCUGUCAAGACCGUCGACAAGGCCACGGCCCGUACCACCAAGCGCAACGCGGAGCCCCAAGCUCCCGCUGCUCCCACUCGCGGCACUGGCAACCGCCGCGGAGGUCCCCGCGGAAACGAGGGUGCUUUCCGUGACCGCGGCGCCGGCAGCGACAGAAACCACGCCCGGCCCACUGACGAGGCCCCUAGAGAUGGUCCCCGUGGUGGCUACGGAGCUCGUCUCCGUGGUGGCCGCGGCUCUCGUCGCCCUCGUGAUAACGACGACCGCCACCCCUCCCGCAGCGCCGUCCACUCUGGCUCCGAGAAGCAGGCAGCCCAGUCUUGGGGUGCCAAUGAAGGCGACGCCGAACUGAAGGAUGAGCAGGCUGGUGAGGCCAUUGCUCAGUCUGAGAAGAAGGAAGCACUCGCCGAGGACGCCGCUGGGGAAGAGGCCGCCGAGCCCGAGGACAAGAGUGUUUCUUACGCCGACUAUCUCGCCCAGCAGGCCGAGAAGAAGCUCAACAUUGAUGGCGGCUUCAAGGUCCGCGAGGCCAAUGAGGGUAGCAAGCCCGACAAGAAGUGGGCCGGCGCCAAGGCCCUCGAGAAGGCCGAGGACGAAGACUUCAUCUCGGGCAGCCACGGCAAGAAGCAGCGCGAGCGCGAGCGCAAGGUCAAGCAGACCGUCGACUUUGACCCUCGCUUCGUUGAGCCCGAACGCACCCGAGGGGGCGGCCGCGGCGGCCGCGGACGCGGUGGACGCGGUGGUGAGCGCGGCGGCGGCGGCGACCGUGGGCGAGGAGCCAGCUUCCGCGGCGGACGUGGUGGUGCUGGGCCUGCUCCCAUCAACACCAAGGACGAGUCCGCCUUCCCCAGCCUCGGCGGCAAAUAA